AUGAGGAAGUUCUCGUACAAAAUCGAAGGUCGAUCCCGCCGAGAACGUGAUGUUGAUCUUCAGCAGCAGGCGAGACGAUUGCUCUGGCGCCAGAACGGCUUGCUGCACUUCCCGCAGCCUCUCUCCGUCAGGGUCACCUCCAGCAGCGACGUUGACAAGCCCAACGCAGCUGGUCCUCGUGGCGGCGUCGACGGCCCAGCCGGCCACCGCAGGCGCCCUGUGCGUGCGGAUUACGGCAGCGAUCUCUCAGCGACGCUUGGCGAGGGUGCGCUCGUACUUGUGCGCGUUCUGGUGGCCGCUGAGCGCCUGCGAGCUGUAAAACUUGCGGUCGCAGUACGUGCAGCGGAAGAAGCCGAGCGGCUCCGGAUCCGAGUCAGCGGGAAGGAGGCUGAGCUCAGCCUGCGCCCGCCUCUCCAUUUUAGCAAAGCUAGCUAG